AUGGAAGACCAAAUCAAGAAUCUGGAAAAACGAAUUGAUGAUCAAAUUUCAAGAUUCGAUCAGAAAAUUGAUGAGAUGUUGAAGAUGAUGCAGGCGAUGCAAGCUGAGAAGGUUUCAACCCCUUCGAGCUCCGAACCCUCUUCUCCAACAUACUCUAAUGGCAGUUUGAGCAGGUCCAAUUCCACCAGGACCUUAGGUAUGAACCCUAAGCUUGAAUUUCCUAAGUUUAAUGGUGUCAAUCCUCGGAUUUGGGUUAAAAAAUGUUGCAAAUACUUCAAUCUUUGCAAAAUUGCUGAUGAUCAAAAGGUGGAUUUGGCCUCAUUGAAUAUGACUGAUAAGGCUGAACAUUGGGUGAUGAAUUAUGUGUCUAUUAGAAGGUCAGUUGCUGUUGAUUGGAAUGACUUUGUUGUGGAUUUGUAUGCACGAUUUAGGGAUAAUUCUGCUUUAGAUGUUGUUGAGCAGUUCAAUAGAUUGCAACAAUUAGGGUCUAUUGAGGACUAUAUUGAUGAAUUUGAGAAACUUAGAUCUGUAAUGCUGAUGAAUAAUCAUAUACUACCUGAUGCUUAUAUUUUGGAGAGUUUUGUGGGAGGGCUUAAACCAGCUGUGAAACCCUUUGUUAAGGCGUUUAAACCAGCGACUAUUGCCCAGGAGAAGAUUGCUAAAGGACUGUGUUACUACUGUGACCAGCCUUAUACAAGAGAACAUCAGUGCCAAUUUAAGAAACCUCAGUUGUUUACAGUUGAAAUUCCUGGAUCUAUUGAUUCUGACAGUGAUGAGGAUUUGGGAUCUUUUCCUAAUUCCAUUGAUGAACCUCAAAUCUCUAUGCAUGCUCUUGCUGGAAAUCAGUCUUUUCAAACUAUGAGAGUGAUAGGCAGAAUUCAGGGAAAGGAUUUACACAUUCUUAUUGAUUCUGGAAGUACACACAACUUUGUGGAUGCUUCUGUAGCUUCUAAGUUGGGUUGUUCUUUGGAGCAGAUUCCUUUCCAGGCUAUCUCUGUAGCAGAUGGGAAUCAUAUUCCUUGUCAGCAAGCUUGCAAGGGGUUUGCUUGGAGUAUGCAUGGCCAUAGUUUUGAAGCAGAUGUGUUGGUCAUUCCCUUAGGGAGUUGUGAUAUGGUGUUGGGAAUACAAUGGUUAAGACUGUUGGGUUCUAUUCAUUGGGAUUUUCAGAAGCUUAGAAUGGAGUUUACUUUUCAGGGAAAACAAAUUGUUCUUAAAGGUAUACCACCUAAAAAGUUGUCUGUGGUAGAAGGAGAUCCUAGAGCCUCAAUCAUGGAUUCUUCAAUCCAGUUAUGUUUGUUGCAUGUUCAAGAUUCUAAUUGCUUUGUUGGGCAGAUGGAACAGGACACUAAUACAGUUUUGAGUAAUUCUGAAUUUUUGGCCAUCAAACAGCAGUAUGCUAAGGUUUUUGAGGAACCUUCAGCUUUACCACCUGUCAGGGGUGUAUUUGAUCACUCUAUACCUUUGAUACCAGGCAGCACACCUGUUAAUAUCAGACCCUACAGGUAUCCCCUUAAACAAAGUGAUAUAAUUGAACAAUUGGUGCAGGAGAUGCUAGAUAGGGGCAUCAUCCAAAACAGUUCAAGUCCUUUUGCUUCCCCUGUUGUGUUAGGGGGUAAGAAAGAUGGAACUUGGAGGCUAUGUGUAUAUUAUAGGGAAUUGAAUAACAGAACUGUGAAAAAUAAGUUUCCUAUCCCUGUAAUUGAUGAAUUGAUAGAUGAACUUGCUGGGGCUUCUGUGUUUACUAAGCUUGAUCUUAGGGCAGGUUACCAUCAAAUGAGAGUAAGCUCAGCUGAUGUGUUCAACACAGCCUUUAAGACCUACACUGGCCAUUAUGAGUUUUUAGUUAUGCCUUUUGGCUUAACUAAUGCUCCAGCUUCUUUUCAAGGUUAG